AUGGAGAUGGCUUCCGGGGUAAAAUUGCGCUAUAUUUUCCUUGCCGCUUGUACAAUAAUCCCCGUAAGGGCUUCCGGAAUUAUGGAUCCUGGCUCCCGAAUGAGUUCAGAACUUCUCGAGGUUUCUUUUGUAAGUAAGAUUACAAAGGAUAGCAAGAUUUUGGUUGAUAAGGUGUUUACUAAGCCUCCAGAAGAAAUUGAUGAGAUUCUUAGAAACAUGCUUCGAGAAAAUAGAUCUUUUGAAAAAGAGGAGGAUUUUUGGAGGUUUGUAGAUGAAAAUAGUUUUGAGCCAGAGACCGAACUUAUAUUUGGUAAAGAUGAUAAAGAGCUUCAGGCAGAUAUGCCCAAGAACACCUCGAGCUAUAUAAUCAAGCUUGAGGAAAAGCUUUCAGAUGGCUCCAAUCCUCUUUUCCAGACCAGCCAAUACAAACAAUCUAUAGCAAACUUGAUUAGAAUCGGGAAAGAACUCGAAAAUGCAUGGGGUAAGAUCUACGUAAGGCAGAAUAGGUUGAAGAGAGGACAGUAUUCAACGAUGAUAAAGGUCAAGAAUCCAUUUAUUAUUCCUGGAGACCGAUUCAAAGAGGCUUAUUAUUGGGAUAGUAGCUGGAUCUUAGAAGGACUUGUCAGAAGCGGUAUGGAAAAAAUUGCCGUGGGAAUGGUGGAGAACUUUAUAGGUCUGAUAGAGCAGUUUGGAUUCAUUCCUAAUGGACUUAGGACAUACUAUUUAAACAGGUCUCAGCCUCCAUACUUUCCUCAGAUGCUUCUCACUCUUUAUAAACACUUACCAUGGGAGAAGAUAGAAAACACUAUCAAGAGGGGAUUGGAUGCGGCAGUAACAGAGCAUACUUUCUUCAUGACCCAAAAAGUUGAAAGGGUUGAAAAGAACGGAAAGUCGUAUGUACUUAAUGUUUACAAGGUUAACGAUACUACGCCAAGAGCAGAGUCUUAUAGUGAAGACAGGGAAACUGCAGAGCAAAAUAAGAGCAGAGAUGAGAAGUACAGAAGAAGAGCAGAAGACAUUUAUGCCGACUUAAAAGCCGGAGCCGAAUCGGGAUGGGACUUUUCAUCCAGAUGGCUAGGCUUAAGCGGGCAACUUGAUUCCAUAAGAGUCUCCAAAAGGAUUCCUGCGGAUCUGAAUUCAGUAAUGUAUGCCAAUGAAUGUAUCAUUUCGAAGCUAUAUGAGAUAAUCGAAGGAAAAAACUCCAAGAACUCUAAGUACUUCAAAGAAAAGAGCGAAGAAAGAAAAGAUGCCAUUAAUAAUGUGCUAUGGAACGAUCAACAAGGUGUAUGGAAUGACUUUGAUAUUGAAACAAGAGAGCAUACAUCUCCUGGGUUCUAUGCCUCAAACUUAAUGCCGAUGUGCUAUGGGAUCCCUCCUCCAAAAGACAAAGGUGUCAGCGUUUACCACAUUUUGAAUAUGUUUGCAGAAGAUAUAUUUGGACAUCCGGGAGGGAUGCCUGCAAGUGGAUCUAAGAAUAAGGACAGUACCUUACAAUGGGAUUUUCCCAACAUGUGGCCUCCCCUUGUGCAUAUAGUGGCGUUUUUCUUAGAAAGAGUGGGUGAGCGUGAAAUGGCAUUACAUAUGGUUAGAUCCUACUUAGAAAACAUAUCUGUUUCUACAUCCGUUGUUGACGAGACAAAGAGGGGGAUCUUUGAAAAAUAUAGUUGUGAGAUGGUUGGGUCACCUGGAUAUAAGGGGGAAUAUACGGCGCAAGUCGGAUUUGGAUGGACUAAUGGAAUUGCCAUUCAUUUUCUCGACCGCUUUUCUUCGGAAAUUGUUUCUCCCAAAUCCCACGAGGAGUCGUAUAAAGAAAUCAAAGCUCUGCUGGAAAAAAGGAUACUUGAUAAGGCCGAGCCCAAAAACCAUACUCCAGAAGGUUGUCUUCUCUUGGAAGAGAGAUUUCAGGUUUUAGCAUGA